AUGCUUAGACCUAUCCGUAUAGCGUUUACUUCUAACUUCAUUUUAGUGCCAACGUCCGCCGUAAUCGCCAUGGUUGUCGGCAUAAUUCUGUUCGUCCUCCUUAUCUUAUUCUGCAUCUGCAAACGCUGCAUUUUUAAGCGACGCAGGAAAGAUAAGACAAAGGCCAAGGGAAAAGUGGAUAUGAAGAGCGUACAGUUGCUGGGUAAACAGCUUGGAAAGGAUCAGGUAGAUGUCCAUCAUAGCGUGGAGCAUAACGCCGGUUUGGGUAUCGCAUUUCGCUCCCAAAUACGAUGGAAGUACAAAACUCAGGGCGACCUGGAGGAAUUGGAGGCAAACAUGGAGGACAAUGAGGGCGUACAGGAGAAGGAAAAGCAAAAUCUGGGAAAACUGCAAUUCUCCUUGGAUUAUGACUUUACGAAGGGCGAGCUCACCGUUGGCGUGAUCCAGGCAACCGAUCUGCCCGGCAUGGAUAUGUCCGGCACUUCCGAUCCCUACGUGAAGGUUUACCUGAUGCCCGAAAAGAAGAAAUUUGAAACAAAAGUCCACCGAAAGACGCUUAACCCCGUCUUCAACGAGACUUUCCUCUUCAAGGUGAGGUCUUUAUCUGACCCUUUUUCGACUAUAACCAUUUAA